CCACCUUUUCUCAAAAUGAUAAUGGUUUUAAAAUGGAAUUGGAGGAUGAUUCUUUAGAAGAAUCAUCUCGAAAAUGACAUAGAGAAGAGUUAGAUUGUGAUAACAUUUUGUCUGAUAUGGAAUCAGCAGAAGAGGAAGAGGAAGAGACAGAAAGAGAUGAAAGCCCUAUCCAAGUAGAAGACAGAGACAUAUGCACUAAGCGAAAUGAUAUGAAUCAAGAGUUAAAAAAUAUUUUAUCAAAAGUAUUUGUAAAUGCUUCGCUAGAGUGUUAUGAUGAAAUGGAAAAGGCUUAUUAUUCAGCUAAUUUUCUACCUGUAUGUUUUAACUGUGGUUCAUCUGAAUAUAUUACGCCUGUACCUGAAAAACAAUAUUCUUACUGUGAAGCGUACACCACAGAUCUAAACGUAUCGAUUAAAACAGACAAUAUUUUACAUCCAGCCGGUGUUAUAUGA